AAUCCGAUCAUAUGGGCUUCUAAUGACACGGCUGUAUCUCGUUAUGGUGAAACUAAAGAUAGUUUUAUAUUUUCUUUUGAGAAUGAUGGAGAUAUCGAAAAUCAUAUUUUAAGUCGAGUAAUAGAUGAAAAACAUGCUAUAUAUUAUUAUUCUGGUUACGGUCCAUCAUUUGGUGGGGAAGACUUUAAAACAUUUGGUAAUGAACUUACGGUUGCAUGUUAUAAGACUUAUUAUGAAAAAUCGAUCAAGUGUAAUAGUUCUGUAGAAGAAUAUGAAGUAUUUCAGAUUAAUAUUUAAUUGUAAAUGUUUUUAUACUUUAAAUUAAAUUGUAUCAAAAAGACCUUGUUUUCCAAAUCAAUAGUAGAAAAUUUUUAUUAUCUGUUAUUGAGAAUUAUUUCCGGUACUAUAUAUACAGUAGUUUUGACCAAAUUUGUCAUUGAAAUGACCAAAUAUAAAGGUCAAAAUAUUUUAUCAAAAUGAAUUUAUUU